AUGACUUUGGCACACCUAGGUGAUACUAGGUGGGGCUCACAUUUAUUGAUAGUUACUCAUUUCAUUAAUAUAUUUAAUGCUAUUAUAGAUGUUCUUGAGAAUAUAUUAGAAGAUGACGUACAUUUAGAUAAAAAAUCUUCCGCCUUAAGACAGAUGAACAAUAUGCAAGACUUUGAGUUUGUGUUCAGUAUUCACUUUAUGUUUGAAAUUCUUGCAAUUACACACGACCUUUCACAAGCCUUACAGAAAAAGGAUCAGGAUAUUCAGAAUGCUAUGAGGUUAUUGAAUUUGUGUAAAUGUACAUUGCAGAACUUGAGAGAGAAUUGUUGGGAUACUUUGUUCAGUAGGGUGAUUGAGUUUUGUAUUGAUAGACAUAUUUUAGUGUCUAAUAUGAAGGUUAUUGUAGUAGUGAAAGGUCGACCUAGGCGUGUAGCUCAGCAGGUGACUUAUUUUCAUCGCUUUUAUAUUGAUUUGUAUUGUCAUGUGAUAGACUCAAUCUUGCAAGAGUUGAAUGAUGGAUUUCCAGAAAUGAUUACUGAGCUCUUUACUUGCAUUUCAUGUUUAAGUCCAAGAGAUUCAUUUGCAGCUUUUGAUAAGGAUAAAUUGCUACGUCUUGCUUAG